AUGGCAAGCCUUCACAAACUCAAACGUCAACGGGUUGAUUUGACUGGAAGUGAAAAAGGGAAGAUUUGUGAAGUUCACCAGAAGCAUCCAGAAUUGAAACAUGAGGAACUUGCAAAAUACAUGGUUGAAUAUCAUGAGUUCAGAUUGGUGAGUCGGUCAACCAUCUCCAAACUCCAUGAUGAGCAGCAGAAGUGGUUGAAAGUGGACUCAAAGUUGCCAGAAGGAAGUAGCAGGAGAUCCCGAGAACCCAAGUGGCCAGAAUUUGCGAAAGCUCUGCCAACGUGGUUUGGCCAAGUAAGAGAAAUGAAAGGAACAUUGAGUGAUGUGCUCUUACGAAAGGCACAUGAGUUCCGAAGAUUAAUUGAUAUUUCAGAGCGUGAUUUCAAGCUUUCCAAUGGAUGGCUUGCCAGAUUCAAAGCAAGGUAUGGGAUAGCGGCUUACCGUGACUUUCAUGGAGAAUCUACAGAUGCAGUUGCCCCAGGUGCGGCAAUCACGAUAUUUAAGUUGCCCGAUUUCGUCAAUUGCCAUAAUGAAGCCGUCGAGGUUGAUUACAUUGGCUGA